AUGUCAGGUGACACAAAUCAAGGGGUAACAUCUGCAGACAAUGAGUUCAAAUCACUAUUGUUGUUGAUACUUCAAUCAAAGAUACAAUUGUCAUUGGUUGUACAAUGGAUAUCAUCAACCAAGACACCAAAGUAUUCGUCAUCCAAUGAUUAUACAUCUAUAAGGGAGUUGAAUCAGAGAUCACCAGUAUCAUUUGCACAGUACUAUAUAGAGGAGUUAAAGACAUUGUUCAAUGCAUUGAUGUUUAAACAUUCAACUCCACUGGGGAGUGGGCAGUUGACUGCCACGCCAACUUUAACAGUGCCCACCGCCACAACACCAAGUAGUAAUGACUUUCCUCCAUUGUCCGCGCCAAUACAACAUCGCAAGUCAGCAUCAUCUUCAAAUAAUAAUCAACAACAACAACAAGGUGGACAACAUGUGGAUGCCAAGAGUGAUGCCUGGCAGACGAUCCAAAAGGAUCAAUCAGACCAGGUGGAUGCGGCAGUAGAGAUAUACUGCUCAAUAAUGUUUAACAGAUUAUAUACGAGCACGAUGCUCACAGAGUUCAACUUCCUACUGAUGAUCUUGUCGGCAAUACAACGAAUCACUGGCACUGGCGGUGGUAGUGGCUGUGGUGGCAGCGGCCAACACUCAAAGGCUUCGAUGGUGGCCACUCUAUCCACACUUGACCAAUCACUCUUUCCAUCUGUGGCAUGGGCACUUCACUUUUGUCUCCGAGCGCUAAACAAUCUACAACCACUACUCGUCCUGCUUCAUCCCAAGCUACUGUUACAGUUAUCUGAUAACAAGAUAGUUGAACAAUACGAUCAACACUUGUCUCAAUCACUCAAGGCAAGUGCGAAUAGGGUCAUGGAGGAGAACAAACAAUCAUUGAGCGCAAGGAAGAAGUCAUCAAGAAUGAUCUCACCGUUCAGGACUCAAGGCGAGACCGAUCCAUAUCAGAAGAUGUUCAGAAAGACUGAGGACCCCAAUCGCCAGAAGUGUCUGGAUGAGUUCCAUGACUUGAUCAGAGUGUUCCAGGCAACGCCAGGCUCCAUCAGUACUGGUGGAGCAACAACGACAACAUCAUCAUCCAUUGAUAUGCUCUCAUCACGUGUGGAUAAGUUCUUCAAUCAAUUACUCAAUCGUAAGAAUAUUUGGUGGUUCUGUGACUUCUUCAUUGAUCAGUAUCAACAGUGCUGCCAGCUGGACAUUGAUGAGCAACAACAACAGCAGCAACAGCAUUACACUCCAUCCGAGCUCGCCACCUCUGGCACCAACAAAGAGCAAUCACCAUGGAAUCAAGAGAGGAUGAUGUUACUUCAGAAGCGUAUGGAGCAAGGUGGAGCCAUCCAUCUCUCGCCCUCGCCAUCACCCUCGCCCUCACUUGGGGGCGGUAAUAGUACAAUCAAUAAGCAAGGCAACACAACGAGCGCAACAACAACUUCGACGACAAGUAAACCAAACACAGCCACUCCUACACCAACGAGUGGAAAGCAGAAGAAAACGAUAAUACCAUUGAAUCAACUUCAUUUGGUGUAUCAACCUACGACGGCGACAACGACGACGACAAAGCCAGCAGCAACAGCAGAGACACAACAACCUCAACCAUCACAUCCAGCAAUGCAUCGUAAUCAUGAUCAGCAACAUAGGUAUCAAGGCAGGCAUCACUAUGGUGGUGGUGGACAUCAGAGUGGCGGUGGACAACAGAGUAGUAGCAGCAGCGCACCCAGCCACAGCCAUCAGACCUCACCAAACACAUUCGCCCGUCUCCUUUCAUUCUUCAACAUUAAGGAACAGUUCUUUGCCAACUUCAUCCUGGCGCACAAUGACUUCCAAUUCUACCACCACUUGCAGGCCAGCCUUGUGGACAAGUUCAACACACUCCAGACCUGCCAAUGCAGCAACGUCAACCACAAUCACGGCGACUACCACGAUCGCAUCAGUCAUCUCCAAAGCCUGGUGCGCCUCAUGACCCUGCUGCACCUUCUGCCCACCGAGACGUACCACAAGAGCUCGUCAUGGCAGUCACCAUCAUUCGCAGACAUCAGCACGCGAUGCAAUGCACUUCCGCCACCCGUUGACUGGCGCACACUGCUCCUGAACAGCAUGACGUCCGAGACCAUGGUGGUGGGCAUCCCCUGUGUCGUCCAGUUCCUCAAGAUGGCGGACAAUGUCACGCGUGAGACCCCGCUCUUCCAGGAGCUCACGAACAUCCUCAAGAACAUCUACAAUCUGCCCAGCGUCAUUCCUACGCCCGGCAACCAUUCAUCAUUCAACUACACAUCAUUGUUCAUCCUGUUGGAGCUCGAGCGAUACUUUGAGCUCGCCAACACUUCGGCACUGGUCUACACACACGUCUCGUUGCCAUUCGCAGGUAGUGGUCUGGUCACUACAUCACCCUCGCCAUCAUCAACGCCACGCACACCAACCACUCCAUCAAAGGCUGCACAGUCGGCCACCACACCCACCAAGUCCAAGCCAUCGGGCGGACAGCCAGCAGCCGACCUCAACCCAACGAUUGGAUAUUCGAUGCUCUGGGCCGACAGCAACAACAUCACGUUAAUGUUGAACGACUUGUUUGUGACGCUGCGCGAUGCCGCCACUACACACAGCGGGGGCGAUCGCAACUUGCAAAGCCAAUCGGACUUGUCAUCCAACCCAGCAUCCAUCUCACCCUCGAAGCAUCUGAUUAGGAAGAAGGGCAAUCAGACAAUCAAAAAGAUCGCGCCCAUCACAGCUUCGUCACAGGCCACCUCCUCAGAGUACGUCAGCGAGAGCAAGCUGCAGAACCAGUUGGAGUACUGGUUCUUUUGGUCACAUCCAGACAUUGCUCGAUUAUCCAAUCUACUACAAGACACACUACUGCCCUUCUUUAGUGAGGUCAUAUUCAACCUUGCCGUGCCCAUCACCAUCAAGCUAUCAAACGCGUACAUUGAAGAGCUUCGACCACACUCUGCAUCAUCAUCGCCCUCAAAGAGUCCACAAAAGAACAACAGCAACAAUCAGGACAACGUGUUCCAGCUCAUGGACAGUGGAAAUCAGAAGCUGCAAGAGCUCAUUCAGACAUUGUAUCAACGCCUCAAAGUGGCCGCGUUGAAGGAGAUAGACACAUACUGCAAGGACAACAUAAAGACCCUGGUGAUGAUGUUGGCACCCAUGAGCAUUGAUGACUCGGUGCUCAGCGUGGCCACGUCAAUGAUAUCGGCACACUUGCUCAGGGGUGCCGAGGACGUUAGUCUAAGCCUGGCACAGCAACGUGCGAGGAUCUUGGCGAUUGAGAUCACGUCCAAGAAGCAGACGGUAUCGAUGACCAAGUCGUCACUGCAGCUGCUCAACAUAUCAUUGGCCGACGUCGUCAAGAACAAGGAGCACAGAUACACUAUCACCAGCGUCACAAGCAAUCAUCUCAAGGUUCUGGAUGAGCGCACCGACCUCAGGACCCUUUGCACUCAGCUCGAGGCCAUCCACGAUCAAUUGGCACAGGUGUUUGCCAGCGAGGACAAUGUCGAGCAGUUGCUCACGUCCGAGGAGGACAGGACCAAGCUGACCAACGAUAUCUCCAUCCUCAUUGUCAAGUCCACUGCACUGUUGGAGCAUCACGCGGCCAAGGGCGACACGACCGACAUCCAAUCCAUCCUAUCCACACUUUUCCGUGUGGUACUUUCAGUGUUCACUGACCUCCUAGUCAUUGAGAACUUCUACGAGGCCCAAAGACACAUGGAAAAUGACACCAACAACAACAGUGGAAACAGCGGCAACAGUAACGACCUCAUUGUAACAGUCACAAGUGACAUCAAGGUCAAGCAGACUCGACCCCUAUACAUCAAUCAUUCAAUCAACAUACAUCUGCGCAGCAGUAUCGUCCAGUUCAUCAAGCGAUUGGUUGGCAUACAGACCAGCUUUAAGCAACUGAUACCAACACAUCUGUUGUCACCGCUGCGUAUCUUUGGCCUGGUGCGCCAGACGAACAAUCAAUCACUGGCAUGGAUGCACUGCUACAACUGGAUCUUCCUCACGCUGCUACAAGAUGGUAUAAUUGACUGCACGUCGAUCGAAGGCAGCUGGAACAAUCUGUUUGAUCGAUGUUUCACGUUUUCGGCCGAAGGCGACACCUCGCUCACGGGACUCAUCGACCCAGCUAUCUACGCAGAGAGCAAGAGCAAUCCCAUCAUCAACGGACUCCAGGUGUUGCCGUCCCUGCUUCAGGUGAUCUGCCAGUUUGUCCAGAGCUAUCAUAAUCAUUUCCAGAGUCUGCCAGCGCCAUCACCGCCCGCCACAGUCGCCUAUGAGUACAGCAAGAGGGACUUUUAUCUGUGUCUUGACCUGUUCCAACAGCGACUGGACAAUCUCAAGAGCAAAGAGCAUUUCAAGGCACUGUCCGAGCAGGGCACUCCAUUGGCCGAUCAAUCAAUCACCUUCAUAACAUCGCAACUGUCAUCCAUAUUCAAGAAGUAA